UAUAGUCCUUUAAGCGCGGCUAGUUGCAUCCUGGUAAACUACUUGUUGAGUAUCUGCUGUUGAUAUCUAACGUUGCGGCAGGGUUCCCGUAUGCUCCUAAACCUUCGGAUCGCGAUCGACCUCCAUCCUUCGCGCUCAGAAUUAGAAAUACCGCGUAAUACACGCCAUGGAUCCUCAGAAUAUCCCAGACAUUUACACGCACCGGACAUCGUGGACGAAUCUGAUUCCCUCUCGUGAUGCACGCCGCAGAGGAGUUCUGAAUUAUCAAAAGGCGGAGCGAUCGGGCAAAAUCAGGUGACGGCGCUCCAGGGAGCGAAUGGUGACGGUAUUCCCGCCGUCAUUUGGACCUGUCAUGAUGUCACCAUGGACUGAGUAUCUGGUAUAAAAGCUGCUCGACAUGUCUUACCAACUCACAGUUCUUCACCAUGUCUCAAAACACUGACGACAACUACAAUCAGUCUACUCAGCCGCAGCACCAUCUUCACGGUAGCAACGACCCUCUUCCGGGUGAUCGCAGCGGCAAUAUGGACGAGCAGAACAUGGGUGGCGACAACUUAGGUCAAGGCGGCCAGCGCCAACCCGAGUCGGCUUUUGGUGAAUAUCAGCAAUCGGGUGGUGGUCGACAACAGCAAGGCGGAAAUGUCCGCUUGGGCUCGGGAGCUGGUGCUGGCGAUUGGGAACGCGGUGCAGGCCAGGCACAAGGCGGUGUUCCUGUCGAAGGACAUCACCAUCACCACCAUCAUGGGCACCAUGCUGGCCAACAAUCAGAGCAGGCGGCGCAACAAGCGGCUCAACAGCCUGUCUCGACCACUGACAAACUUCUUGGCAAGACUGAAAAGAUCAUUGGGAAGGCCUCCGACAACACUGAAAUGCAGAUGAAGGGAGAACAACGUCAGACUGGGGGCAAGGCCGCUCAGGGCUUGGGCGGACAGAGCGGCAUGUGAAGAAUGUAAGCCGUCAUGGAAAAUGUAUCAAAUGAAUAUCUUGUAUUUGUAUAAACUCAGUACCAGAAGUAUGUUGCUAAAUCCAGUGCUAAUACCAACUUGAGGGAGGUAUUCGAAUUUGAGCAUCGUUGAACAACAUUUUCAUACCGUCUUUCGGCACAUGGAUUAUAUGAUGGGUUCUUUUCUCCUCGUCUAGUACGUAGGAUGCCCUAUAGCAGUAACCACUAUAAGCGACAAAAAAGGCCAGGCCAGGCCCAAAAAAGACGGGUUAUACUAACAGUCACACCAACUCUGUCAACUACACCAUUACCAUGGUAACUUCGUAGUCCGACACAUGUUUAGAAUAAAAUUUCGUCACAUACAAAUAAUUCACCAU